AUGUCAAAGCAUGCAUUGGUGCUUGGUGCAUCAGGUAUCACGGGCUGGGGCGUGGUGAAUGCCCUUUUGUCGGACAACAAGGACACUAGGCAGUUCUCGCAAGUCACUGCUGUGACUAACCGGCCCUUGGACAUCCUCUCAUCGGGUUGGCCGUCAUCCAGCAAACUCGAAAUUGUGUCCGGAAUCGAUCUACUCGCGGGUGAGCAAACCGACCUGCUCAAUUCCCUGCGGUGCCAAAUAUCAGGUCUACCAAGAGUUACUCAUGUCUAUUACCACAGCUACAAAUGGUGUGCCGAAUCCACCCGAGAGUCCUCCAUCAACGAACGAAUGCUGAAACGUUGCGUAUCGGCCUUGGACGUCCUUUGCCCUAGUCUCGAAUACAUCGUGCUCCCAACCGGUACCAAGGCAUACGGCAUCCAUUUGAUGGAGAACUUUCCAUGGAAGAAUCACCUCCCACUUCGUGAGGACCUUCCUCCUCUGCCAGAGCCCUUCGCGUCGGAACUCUUCUAUAACGCACAGAGGGCUGUUCUGGACAGCUUCUCCCGAUACCGUACCUGGACGUGGUGUGAGGUGCGGCCGGAUGUGGUGAUAGGAUUCGUUCCCAAUCACAACGCACAGUCUCUCGCCCACACACUUGCAGUGUAUCUCAGCCUGUUUGCCCACGUAAAUGGGAAAGGAUCAAAGGUUCCGUGGCCCGGUACGACGACGUCAUUCAACAUUCUUUCGAGCCAGUCCAGUCAGGACCUGGUUGGACGGUUCAUAGUUUGGGCAUCGCUUCGCCCACAAUUGACCGGCCACGGGCACGCAUUCAACAUUGUCGACCUCGACGGUCCUAGUACCUGGGCGACCCGCUGGUACACUAUAUGCUCUCUCUUCGGCCUGCAAGGCGCCCCGCCCGAUUCUUCAACCAUGAGCCCUCGGAACUUUAUCAACACGCACAGCGCGGCCUGGGACGAGCUCGCGCAUCAGCACAGCCUCAAGCCGGACGUGCUGGACAACGACCUUGCGAAUCCUCACUUCUGCGAUGCCAUCCUCUGCGAUUUCGAUUUUGAUCAUCAUAUUUCCCGAGAGCUGAUCAACCGGCUCGGGUUCACGGAACAGAUGAACGAGAAGGCAGCUUGGUCGAUAGCAUUUGAGAGACUUAGGACUGCCAAGAUAAUACCAUGA